GAGCCGCAAGUGAUGAUCGACUUCCCAGACGAUGCGGCGGGCCUGCGCUGGCAUCACCGUCUUCGUCUCAUCCAGACGCCCUCGCUGGGCGUCUGGAUAGCCAGCACCCCUGACUACUCGGUCCUGAGGCUGGACCUCAACGUGCACCGCGUCAUCGCGCUGGCGCGCAACGGCCCCUUCCCCGCGGCUCAGUGGAACGAGAGCUACAUUUUUGACAGCCCGAUCCCAGCGGCGGACCUCGCGCGGAUCAGGCAGCAGGCUGGGUCGCUCGGCGUCGUCCUCGGCCAGGUCGGCCCAGCGCCCGCGGCCCCUCAAGGUGCGGCCAGGGUCUGGCGAGUCGCCGACCUCUCACAUCGCGCCUUCGGGGGCGAGAUCCCCGCCCAGGUCCUCGGCGACCCAGCCGCUGACAUCACGCCCGGCGCCGCGGGCGAUGAGGACUACUUCUGCGGCCUCGUGUUCUGCCAGCUCGUACCCGACCCUGACAAGGACGCCCGGGAGAGGGCCCUCGUCUCAGACCACCGCAAGGACUUGCGGGUCGCUGGCGGCACCCGCGACCCGCUGGCAGACCAGCGUCUGUCGUCCUUCGUUGACUCCUUGGCCCUCCAGCACGCCGCCGCGGACCCACCGUUCCCUCUCGGCGGCCAGAGGGUCGCGCACGAGUGCAUGCGCACCCUGCGCGCCACGGGCAUGGAGUGGGUCGACCUCACACAUCAGUUGGACUUCGUCCACAAGUCAGGCAUCUCGCCCAACAGCAACAUCACGCGCGCGCACCGUCGCCUGACGGACGCGCUGCGCGCUUUCCAGCAGCAGGACAUGCUGAACUUUCCCAGCCUUGUGGGCAUCGAGGCCGCGGAGAGGCGGCGCUCGCCCCGGCGCCGCUCGGCCUUUGAUACCUCCGCGGUCUGGUUCUCUGGGGGCCGCGCGAGAGCGACGCCGACGGGAGUGCUACCGCGCGGCACCUCGUGCGGCGUGCGGCGGCGGCGCAACCGGGCGAUCAUGGCCCCGAACGACCUGCCCGCGAACGCUGCCCAAGCAUCUGUUCUCCAGCGCGUUCAUCAGCGAGUGGCUGCCUUCGUCGAGCCGCUCGGCGAGGACGGUGAUGACGCGCUUCAGUCCAUUCUCAAGUCCAAGGACAUCUACAGCGCUCGGCCAACUCCUGUUCGGCCCUAUGAAGCGCAUAUUUUGAAGAUUCUCGACAGCGGCACCCGUCCGCCUCCCAUCCGCUCGCUGGCCCCUGAUUCGUCGCUGCCGCUCAUCGACCACCGCGAGAGGUUCAUCUACCGGUCGCAGGCAGUGCUGGACACGAUGACCGAGACCGGCGAGCUCGCCCCAGCGCACCCGUUCUGGGGCGUCAACCUGAGGCGCGACCCCGAGCUCAGGCUCGACCUCUUCAAGAAGCUCAUCCGCAUCGGGCUGGUAGGCGCGCGCGCCCGCUGCCGCGCCCGCGCCGGCAUCUUCUUUGUAGGCAAGAAGGGCGGUGCGCUGAGGAUGGCCAUCGAUGGCCGGGAGCCCUCGGCCAUGCACCGUCGGCCCCCGCGGACUGAGCUCGGCUCCGCCGCCGCGCUCGGCUGCCUCUGCCUCGACGCCGACACGGCUUCUUACCAGAUGCAGUGGCUCGAGGUCGGCUCCUGGUUUUGCUUCGACUUCCCUAUGGCCAUCAUGAACUUCGACCUGGACUCCGUCUACGACGAGGUGAGCCGCUCCUACGUCCACGUCGACCCUGACACCGCGGUCUACCCUUGUUUCCAGGGUCUCGCCAUUGGUUGGAGCUGGUCGCUCUUCAUCUGCACUGCCAUCGCCGAGGACGUCACGAGGAUUGGCAUCGGCCAUGUCCUCUCGAUCCCCGCGGAUGCCGCCAGGAUCGUCUCCGAGCGCGCCCCUUGCGCCCGCCCCGGCCGUGGCGAGCUGGCCGGGGCCUCAUGCGUCGACAACGCCAACGUCGCUGGCCCCUCGCGGGAGCUCGUGGACGCGGCGCUGCGCGCCAUCCUCCGCGAGUUCGAGAGGCGCGGCCUCUCCUACCGCGAGGUCUGCCACGCGACUCAGGACAUCGUCUGCUGCGGCGUCCGUUUUGACGUCAUCGUCGGCCGCGCCGUGCCGCAGCGCGACCGGGCCUGGCGGUUGCGCCGUGCCAUCACCGCCCUGAUCGAUCGCCGCGGCUGCACGCCGACGGCCAUGGAGGUGAUCCUCGGCCACGUCGUCUACCACUUCAUGCUCAUGCGGCCCGCCCUGGCGAUCCUGAGCUCCCUCUACCGCGUGGCCUACUCGGAGGCCGACUACUGCAAGUUCGACGUUGAGCAGCUGCGCGAGCUCGGCCUCGUGAAGGCGCUCAUCCCGCUCGCCGGCGUCGACCUCGGCGCCCCAUGGCACCCCUGGGCCCACUGCUCGGACGCCAGCAUGUGGGGCUACGCUCUGGCUACGUCCAAGUUCGAGCCCGACGAGCUCAGGGACAUCGAGGCCUACCGCGAGCGCCGGCGUUUCCUCGCCCUGGACCGGUACUCCGACGAGGGGCCUCCCAGGCGACGAGUGCUCUACGCUGGCCAGCUACGGAUCCCGGCCCUGCCUGACUCCGCCCUGGCGGCUCGCAGGUGGCAGCUCGUGGUGCGCGGCGCCUUCAUCUUCGGCGCGCCGAUCCACGUCCUCGAGGGCCGCAUGACCCUGCUCGGUCUCCGCCGGGCUACCCGGUCCGUCGCGGCCCACGGCUGCCGCGCCCUGUCGAUCGGAGACAACCUCUCGUCCAUGAUGGCUUUCGAGAAGGGCAGGUGUGCCAACCCUGUCCUGCGGCAGCUCGCCUGCCAGGCUGCUGCGCGGCAGCUCGCCACGGGUAUCCAGCACUACCACCGCUACUCGGAGAGCAAGCGGAAACCCGCCGACUACGACUCCAGGGCCGCCGACCGCUUCGAGCUCGCGCCCGGCCAGACGCAGCGGGGCGCGGCUCGCGACCUCGGCGUCGCCGGCGCCGCGCCGGCCCUGCCGCCGUUGUGGGGGGCGCGGCGCAUCCUCGAGCUCUACGCCGGCUGCGCGCGGCUCACGGCCGCCUGCCUCGACGAGGGCCUCCAGGCUUGGGCCCCCGUCGACAUCUCGCGCGGCUCCUGGCACGACCUGACCGACAAGAACGUGAUCGGUUGA